UGGCGAGGUCCAGCCCCGCCUAGGGCCUCCUGACGUUGCUCCCUGAACACUCGGAGGUGGCGGUGGAUCUUACUCCUUCCAGCCAGUGAGGAUCCAGCAAUCUUCUCCGUGCCUCCCCCCGCGCCUGUUGGUUGGAAGUGACAACCUUGAAGAUCGGCCGGUUGGAAGUGAAGACCUUGAAGAUCGGCGGGGCGCAGCGGGGCCGAGGGGGCGGGUCUGGCACUAGGUCCUGCCCCUGCACGCCAGGAACCGCAGAGGAAGUCGCAGUUCGGCCCAGCUGAGUCCUGUCUGCAGAAUCCACACCAACCAGCAUCAUGUCCAUGACACUGGGGUACUGGGACAUCCGCGGGCUGGCCCACGCCAUCCGCCUGCUCCUGGAAUACACAGACUCAAGCUAUGAGGAAAAGAAGUACACAAUGGGGCACGCUCCUGACUAUGACAGAAGCCAGUGGCUGAAUGAAAAAUUCAAGCUGGGCCUGGACUUUCCCAAUCUGCCCUACUUGAUUGAUGGGACUCACAAGAUCACCCAGAGCAACGCCAUCCUGCGCUACGUUGCCCGCAAGCACAACCUGUGUGGGGAGACAGAAGAGGAGAAGAUUCGUGUGGACAUUUUGGAGAACCAGGCUAUGGACGUCUCCAAUCAGCUGGCCAGAGUCUGCUACAGCCCUGAUUUUGAGAAACUGAAGCCAGAAUACUUGGAGGGACUUCCUACAAUGAUGCAGCACUUCUCACAGUUCCUGGGGAAGAGGCCAUGGUUUGUUGGAGACAAGGUAAUGGGGGCAUGUGAUGGGGACACUAGAGAUUUGUCAUACAUCCUAUGUUACGGAGGUUCCAGCCCACACAUUCUUGGCCUUCUGCAGAUCACCUUUGUAGAUUUCCUCGCCUAUGAUGUCCUUGACCUCCACCGUAUAUUUGAGCCGAAGUGCUUGGACGCCUUCCCAAAUCUGAAGGACUUCAUCUCCCGCUUUGAGGGCUUGGAGAAGAUCUCUGCCUACAUGAAGUCCAGCCGCUUCCUCCCAAAACCUCUGUACACAAGGGUGGCUGUCUGGGGCAACAAGUAAUGCCUUGGAGGCCAGGAGGUGGGAGUGAGGAGCCCAUACUCAGCCCUCUGCCCAGGCUGUGGAGUGAAGCUGGACUGUGCAUCCCAGCACCUGGCUCCUUGUCCUUUUCUCCUGUUUAUUCCCAUCUUUACCCCCAAGACUUUAUUGGACUUCCUCACUUCCCCUAAACCCCUGUCCUAUGCAGGCCCUUUAAAGCCUCAGCUACCCACUUUCCUUCAUGAACAUCCCCCUCCCAACAUUACCCUUCCCUGCACUAAAGCCAGCCUGACCUUCCUUCCUGUUAGUGGUUGUGUCUGCUUUGAGGGGCCUGCCUAGCCCCUCGCCUGUGGAGCUCAGCCCCGAGCUGUCCCCGUGCUGCAUGAAAGAGCAGCAUUGACUGGUUUACAGGCCCUGCUCCUGCAGCAUAGCCCCUGCCUUAGGCCUACCUGAUCAAAAUAAAGCCUCAACCACACUUGCUAUA